AUGAGAUCGGAGAAGCCCCCGGCGCUGGCGGCUCCGAGGGGCGGCGGGGCCCCGGGGGAGGAGCCGCCGGACCGGGGGGACCGGGGGGACCGGGGGGACCGGGGGGACCCCCCGGAGCCCGGCGGCUGCUGCAGCAGCGAACGGCUGAUCAUCAACAUCUCCGGGCUGCGCUUCGAGACGCAGCUGGGCACCCUGGGCCUCUUCCCGGACACCCUGCUGGGCGACCCCAACCGACGGGUCCGCUACUUCGACCCCCUGCGCAACGAGUACUUCUUCGACCGCAACCGGCCCAGCUUCGACGCCAUCCUCUACUACUACCAGUCGGGCGGGCGGCUGCGCCGGCCGGCCAGCGUGCCCCUGGACAUCUUCCUGGAGGAGAUCCGCUUCUACCAGCUGGGCGACGAAGCCCUGGAGGCCUUCCGGGAGGAGGAGGGCUGCCUCCCCGAGGCCGGCGACGAAGCCAAGGCGCUGCCCGCCCGGCCGCUGCAGCGCCAGGUGUGGCUGCUGUUCGAGUACCCGGAGAGCUCGGGACCGGCCCGCGGCAUCGCCAUCGUGUCCGUCCUGGUCAUCCUCGUCUCCAUCGUCAUCUUCUGCCUGGAGACGCUGCCCCAGUUCCGGCCGGACCCCCGGGGCGGGGUGACCCGGGGGGGUCCGGCGGCCCGGGGCGGCCAGGAGGAGGAGGACGAGGAGGAGCUGGACCCGCUGCUCCGGUUGCUGAGCCCCCGCCCCGCGCCGCGCGGGCCGCCGCACUCCCCGGGCGGCGCCCCGGAGCCCGCCUCCUUCUUCACCGACCCGUUCUUCCUGGUAGAGACGCUGUGCAUCGUCUGGUUCAGCUUCGAGCUGCUCGUGCGCUUCUCCGCCUGCCCCAGCAAGGCCGAGUUCUCCCGCAACAUCAUGAACGUCAUCGACGUGGUGGCCAUCUUCCCCUACUUCAUCACGCUGGGCACCGAGCUGGGCCAGCCGCCGCCGCCGCCAAGGCCUCAGUCGUCGGGGGGAGGCCCCAACGGCCAGCCGCAGCCGCAGCAGGCCAUGUCACUGGCCAUCCUGAGGGUCAUCCGCCUGGUCCGGGUCUUCCGCAUCUUCAAGCUGUCGCGCCACUCCAAGGGCCUGCAGAUCCUCGGCCAGACCCUCAAGGCCAGCAUGCGGGAGCUCGGCCUGCUCAUCUUCUUCCUCUUCAUCGGCGUCAUCCUCUUCUCCAGCGCCGUCUACUUCGCCGAGGCGGACGACCAGGACUCCCUGUUCUCCAGCAUCCCCGACGCCUUCUGGUGGGCCGUGGUCACCAUGACGACAGUGGGCUACGGCGACAUGUACCCCCUGACGGUGGGCGGCAAGAUCGUGGGCUCGCUGUGCGCCAUCGCCGGGGUCCUCACCAUCGCCCUGCCGGUGCCCGUCAUCGUCUCCAACUUCAACUACUUCUACCACCGCGAGACGGAGUCAGAGGAGCUGGGCCAGUACACGCACGUCACCUGCGGCCAACCCCCGCCGGACCUCAAGGCCGUGGACGGCGCCGCGGGCCGGGUCGACUUCCCCGACGCCAUCCGGGGCCGCCGGGCCAGCGGCCUCGCAGAGAAGCGGCUCACGGAAGUCUGAUGGGCUGAGCCGCCGUCUGGGGGGACGAGGGAAGGGGGAUGGGACGCGGAAAAGGGCGACCCCCGUUUCUCCCCCUCCCCCCAGUCCCCACCAGAUCCGAGCUCAGCCCCCCGUCCCCUCCGAUCCCCAAGUCACGCCGGGCCCACGCCGGACCGCCAUCUGCCUCAUCAUCCACGCCCCAUGACGGCACCUCCGGAGCCAGAGGUCUCGUGGAAACUGGAAGUGGCUACCUCCCUGUCUGGGCCCCGACCCAGGACCCUCAGAGGGGCAGUCCCCAGCCCCCUCCAGAGCUUCACCGUUUUCCCCUUCCCACCUUCGGUGCCCCCCCGGGCCCCACCACGGGCGGAUGGAGAGGUGGUGAGGCGGGGCGAGCCCUUGACUCGUCUAUGCAAGCGGGUCCGGCGAGGGAGAGGCCUCGACGACCUCCCACCGCCCCGUGGGCGGGAAGCUGGUCCCACUCCCGGGUGGGAGGUGACCACGGUUGGGCAAGCCGGUUCCUCCAAGUCGCCAAGGUUCUCGGCCGCCCCGCCGAGCGCCCCCCUCCUCGCCACAGCCAAAUCCUCCUUUACAAAGUGCCUUCGCGCGCCCGGAGGGAGUCAGGGGCGACGGGCUCCGGGUGGUGACGGAGAAAAGCGGCGGGACCCGGCAGAACGAGCACGGCCUCUGGUCGUCUACUGCCCCCCCAAAGCGCUCCCAACCCAAGGCCUUCCCUUCCACGGCUCGGACCCACCCUGCAGGGCCGGGGAGCAUCGGGGCGCUGACCGGCUUGACCCGUCUGACCAAGGAGGUUACCCAUGCCCCGUCUAGACUGGCUGCCCGGACCCCGCGCCGGGCUUGGAAGAAAAAGGGCGUCCCACGGGGCCCCUCCCCGCCAGGGCACGGGUCCUUGGCCAGUCUCGCCCCUGGUUCCCGGCCCAUCUUGCAAGCCCUGAGGAAAGACCAGCCGAUCGACGGGCAGACGGACACCCAACCCACCGAAGAUCCUGCUGGACAGAGAGGGUGGGAGGAAACGUGGCCCUCUAGAAGUCCAGCAGCCACCUAGGGGCAACCCAGCCACUGACCCAAGGGGCAGAGGGCAGGCAGUCUGGGGCAGGCGGAUGCUGGCCAUAUGUUUCGGUGUGGCUGGUACAGCCCCAGCGCUCCCAGGCUGCCGUUCCAGAAGGCAAAUGUUCCCAAAAUGGGGCUGACCCAGCAGAACCGGCCAGCUGGCCUUGGCUCAUCCCCAGCGGCUCUUGCUGGUGCCCACUUCAUUCUCGGUGGGAGUUGCGAAGCAUUCUGAAACUUGAAGGCCGGCGCUCUGGAGCAGGUGCAUUUUGGACCCCUCAGCAUUUUGGGACUUACAGUCCGGGUGCUGCAGUUAACCCUUCCUCCCCACCUAGCCCGGGUGUCCGUCAUCGAGAGGGGUGGGCCUGGAGGGUGAGAUCGGGUGCCACGGCCCUCACUGUGGUCAGCGCCCAGUGGAGAGCCCUCAGCUCACCUCAUUUUGGGGGCCCAGUGUCUGGGAGAAGCCGGCAUUCUGGAGACCUCCUAGGGCCUCAGGCAUCUGUUCAGCCUCCAACCCUUCUGCUCCCGCAAUCUGAUGCUUCUUGGCCAGGUUCCUCAGUUGCCCUCAAUCAUCAUUACCCUCCUGGCCUCGGCCUUAGUCCUGUUGGACACCCGCUUUCCCCUGCUUCCCUCCUUUCCCGUCUAUCCUCCAUCUUUCUUCCCUGUCUCUUUUCCACUGUCUCCCUCCCUUGUCUCCCCCCUACCCAGAGGACUUCUACAGGUCAGUGGUCAGUCUUCCCCACUUUCUCCACCCUCACCCUGCUGCCUUGUCCAUCUCCCUCCAGAGAGGCCUCAGAAGAGCUCCCUGAAUCAGCCUGGCUGGAGGUAGGGCCAGGCUCAGCAAAAACUAUUUUAUUUACAACUUUAUUGUAGUAAGCAUAUGCCUCUCGCUGACUAUCUCAAUAGGAGCUCAAUGGUCACACCACAAGGACCACAGGAAAGGAAAGCGGUGCCAGGAACCAGAGAGGAGGAGAGCAAAGUGGCUCUGCAGGUACUUACUGACCCUAUGGGAAAGUGAAAAGAGUGAAAACAAGACCAUCCCCCAAUCGUCACUUCCCUAGGACUUCUGUUUCUAUGUGCUUCCUUCCUCCUGCAGCAGAGAUCAGCUCAGUAGUUAUCUGAAUUUUCUAUUAUCUAUUUGUUAUUUAACUAUUUAUUUGUUGGUCUAUUUAUUUUGCUACCUUUAAGCGUUUUCUGGGUCGCAAACACUGCACUAAAGGCCAAGUAGCUAUGAGUCGAUGAAGGAUGACAAACUGGGGAAACGGGAACACAAACCGGGGAUAAUUGCCUCCAAACUCAGCAUGUCGACAUUCCUGCCCUGGUCCGGUAAGAGUGGAAGCUCCCUGUGGGCAGGGAACUUGUCACUUUGUUAUUCUGUACCUCCCAAGCGCCUAGCCCAGUGCACCGCACCAAGUGGCGCAUAAUAAAUGCUAUUACUAG